AUGUCUUCGAAACUUGUUGUGUUUCUAACAGAACGUUUGGCAGAGCACAAUUAUCAUUGCCAAAGUCAAGGUCCUUCAAGAGUUGACCUACUAGAACUAAUUGGACACAGCGAAUGCUGGGAAAGGUCAUGCCAAAUCAAUUCAUGCCUGCUUCUUUGAACACAGUAUUCUACUCACUCCCCAGAUAAAUUUUAAUCCAGAUUUGGAUGUUGUACUAUUACUCACUUAAUAAAUCAUCGUCAUUAUUAUUAUUAUCAUAUGACUACAAAAAUUGCAACUGUAGCCAAUUUGGCAUUUCAUGCAUUUCAACAGCAUUCAGUACGUGUUGCUAUUAGUGCAGCCUCGUCUACAUCCCUUAACAAUGGAAUAAAUGAUUCUUAUCCUUGUGUAAAUGGUAAUUCUACAAAUCAUCAUCAACAGAAUCAUUCUUUGGAUAAAUCCAGCUCUCCGACAUCAAUAUCAACAAGAACAACUACAACAACAACAGCGGUGAAGCAGAACAAAUUACCAGAAUCAUUGGAUCGUUUAUUAUCCUGUGUACGUUCCCUUACUCCAAGUGAUGUUGGUUUCAAUGUUCGAUGGAUUUCAGAUUCAAAUAUAUCUACUGCACCGGUAGCUUAUGUACACAUUAUGGAGAAUGAAGUAUUCUCUAUGGGAAUAUUUAUUUUACGACCUGGUUCACGUAUCCCGUUACAUGAUCAUCCAGGCAUGUUUGGUAUAUUAAAAGUUUUAAUUGGAUCUGUUCGAUGUCGAAGUUUUACACGAUUAAAAAAUGUUAAAUCAAAUGAUUUAAAAGAUUAUAUACCAUCUUUAUCAGUAUUUAAUGAUUCAAAAUGGCAAUUAACUGAUUUAAUUAUUGCUAAACCACAUCAAGAUACUGUUCUAUCACCGGAUCAUUCACCUUGUUUACUUUCUCCAGUAGAAGGUAAUUUACACGAAAUAACACCAGUUGAUGGGCCUGCAGUCUUUAUCGACAUUUUAGCACCACCGUAUGAUCAUGAUCUGGGGACUAGAGAAUGUCGAUUCUAUAAAGAGGUGAUUAUCCCUCCGAUGAAUUCUAAUCCAAUGUUAUCAUUACAUAAUAAUAGUAAUAGUAAUAAUAAUAGUCUGCAUAAUAAUAAUGAUCAAAAUAAUAAUAAUAGUAAUAAUAUUAAUGAAGAGUCAACUUCAUCAACUGAUGGUAAUGAUCCCGAUCAAGAAGUCAGUUCAUCGUUGAACCAAUCUGAGAAAGAGUUGAACAAUUCAUCGAUUGUUUAUCUAGUUGAAACGAAUCAACCAUUGGAUUAUUGGUGUGAAUCUGCUGAGUACAAUGGGCCAAGUGUUGUUUAAGCGUGCAGAACAACCAGCAGUAUUUUAUAUUCCUAUUGGCUGCUGUCUGUUUCUCCUGGACGCGGAAUACUCUGCUCAUUGCUAUCAUUAUCAUCGUCAUUAUUAUUAUUAUUACUUUUGCUUAGCCUUGUAAUACUCUUGUCUUUUGUGUCUCUUUUUAUUUUUAAUAAAACAGAAAGUCUUAUUCUUCAUCUUUCUAUAUGGCAUUUCUAUCUAUCUAUCUAUCACAGUCCAGUGACGUAAUCAUCUCAG